GUGCGAACAGAGAGUUUCAAUCCGCACGGGAGCAACGAUAUGAGGAGCAGGUCACUGGUUUGAAUUGGGAACUCCACUUUCAGAGGCACGAGAUGAUGCCUUGGAUUUAGCUGGCCCACAUGAGUGAUAUGAAUAACACACUGGAUGGAAUACACACUUCUGGAAGCCUCGGCGAGAAAGUAGACAUUUUACAGAGUGGCAAGGGUAAUGUGAGUGGCUUGCCCAGCCCAGCCCUCAUCCCUUCGCAAGCUCUUUUGCCAACCCCAAAUGCCCAGAAGACCAGGACUACGCUCGGCAAGGGGAACAGGAGCAAUCAAGAGGGAGAGGAGUCAUUCCCUUCCCCGGUUUCAAACCCUCUCCCUGAGUUUAUCGCCUCAACCUUCUCCCCUCUCGUCUCUGAAUGUUUAUUACCAUGGACCAAAAGUAGUGCAACUCAGGUAAUCAAAGUUUAUAAUGAAGAUAACACCAGCAGGGCAGUGGAGGUUCCCAGUGACAUCACUGCCCGGGACAUAUGCCAGCUGUUUGUCUUGAAGAACCACUGCAUUGAUGACCACAGCUGGACCCUUUUUGAACACAUCUCUCUUCUGGGAAUAGAGAGAACCAUUGAAGACCAUGAGUCUGUUAUGGAGGUGCUAUCAGGCUGGGGAAUGGAUACAGACUGCCGGCUGUAUUUUAGGAAAUAUUACGCUAAAUAUGAAUUCUUCAGGAAACCGCUGGACUUUUUCCCGGAUCACAUGCUCUCCAUAUCCAGUGAAAGCAAUGGGGUGGUGGAUCACUCUGAGCUCAUACAGACCUUUCUCAACUCCAGCACCUGUCCAGAGAUACAUGGACACCUCCAUGCCAAAGAGCAAAGCAGGAAGUCUUGGAAGAAGUUUUAUUUUGUCCUUCGGAGGUCGGGGCUUUAUUUCUCCAAUAAGGGAACUUCCAAGGAACCAAGGCAUCUCCAGUUCAUUGCCGAUUUCAGUGACAGUGAUGUCUACACAGUGUUCUCAGCCAAAAAACUACAUGGAGCACCUACAGAUUAUGGCUUCUGUGUCAAGUCCACAAAGUGCAGUUCAGCCCGGGAAUUGAAGUUGCUUUGUGCAGAUGAUGAGCAGACCAGGACCUGCUGGAUCACAGCCAUGCGCUUGCUAAAGUAUGGGAUGGAACUGUAUCAAAACUUCAUUCAGCCACACCAGAAACAAAAAGCUUCACCGAUGAGAAGUAUCUCAGAGAAUUCACUGGUGGCGAUGGACUUUUCUGGCCAAAAGAGUCGUGUUAUUGAGAACCCAUCUGAGGCGCUGUCUGUGGCUGUAGAGGAAGGCCUGUCAUGGAGGAGGAAGAGCUGCCACCGUCUGAGCAGCCAUGGCAGCCCCUCUACUUCACAGAGCUCGGUGUCAAACAUAGCCCUCCACUUGGCUCAGUCCUGGUUCCACGGCAAACUGUCUCGGGACGAGGCUCAGCGUCUAAUCACUCAGCAGGGUCUUAUCGAUGGAGUAUUUCUUCUGAGAGACAGCCUAAGCAACCCGAAGACAUUUGUCCUGUCGCUGUGCCACAUGCAGAAAAUCAAACACUUUCAGAUCUUACCUGUAGAUGACGAGGGGGAGUUAUUCUACAGUCUGGAUGACUGUCACACACGGUUCUCUGACUUGAUCCAGUUGGUGGAGUUUUACCAGCUAAACCGAGGAGUGUUGCCCUUCAAGCUCAAACACCACUGUGCCCGGAUCACCCUGUGAACGAGGGACGGAAGAGACACCAGAGGGCCCACAUGCACCUUAACUCCAGGGCCUCUCUGGACAUACACUCCCACUGUUCUUGUGCCUUGAAGAUGAAAUGGACGUAACAGCCAUGCUAACUGAAACCACUGUUAUCAUGCACCAUCUUCUCCAUCCAUACUUUGCUUCGUGGUCCCUCCUUUUUCUUUCUUUUCAGAAAAAGUUGAAUUUGACAAUAGACUGUAUGUGAACUGACUACAUGUGCUGAAUAUGAUGUGCAGUUUUGUCUGUUGAACGUUAGUCUUUGGCGCUGUAACGUGCCCACAUGUGGCCGUAAAUCCAAAUAUGACUUGUGCUGUGUAUUGUAGAGCUGAACGUGUACUGCAAACAGCUUGUGACUCUAUCAACAUCAUUACACCAGUGGAAGAAAGUAUUAUUACUCCCUUGCGUACAGUAGCUUGCAUUUGAGUUUUCACAGAAGAAAUGUCAAUCUAAUGUCUUCUGCAAUAUGUAUACCUGUCAUCAAUUUUAAUUUGAAACUAUAUAAUUCUGGGAAUUGUAGUACCCAAUGCCUGUCAUGUUAAAUUUGAGUAAAACCAAGCUAUCUUUUCAUUGUCAUUGUAUUUCUAAGCAUUCAGGUAUAUAUGUGUUGUUGUUUUUUUUAAAGAAAAUUAUUGUUUUCUAUUUAGAGCUUAAAUGACCUAUCAGGAAGUGUCACUGUGCAUGAUGCCCUGUAAGAUGGACUGAGACGGAGUGGUAAUGUACAGAUGGAGAGAAAUGGCACACAGCCUGCACUGUACAUUAAUUUUAAACAAUUGUGAUUAAAUGAAAUGUUUGUAUUACAUAAGUUGUGAGCUUGCUCUAGAGCGAGAGCACUGAAAUAUGCUUCACUCAUUUUUAGAUAUUAGCCGUUAAGAUGGAAAUCCGAAAUACUGUGACUGAUUUUGAUCAUAUCUGAAUUCAUUGAUAUUGAAAUUUAUUUUUUAUUUUUUACAAAGAUUCACGUAUACAGUUGCCACUGCUGUGGAUAAAUAUUGUUUGUUUUCAAUAAGUCAAUGAUGCAUCAGCUUUUUAACAAGGCAUUUUAAAUCGGUGACAUAAUUGAAAUGACCAUCUUCUGUUUUGUUUUUUUUUGUUUUUUUUAUUCAGCUGGACAACAGUGCAUUGAUCAAUGAAUGUCAUGGACUGCAUAGUUUUAUAUAAACAAAGUGUUUCUUAUGUA